AUGGCGGACCUCAAGGCUAUCAUCGCACCCUCAGUGCUCGCAAGUGAUUUCGGUGCACUGACGCAUGAGUGCACUCGCAUCAUGAAAGACGGCGCAGACUGGCUACACAUGGGCGAGCUUGCAAUUGCUUCCACACAUGUAGGGCCGCCCAUCCUCAAGUCGGUCCAUGCGUCUGUCGAGGGCGCAUUCAUGGAUUGCCACAUGAUGGUCGCUGAUCCCAUCCGAUGGGUCAAGGAUGUUGCCGAAGCGGGCGGCAAGAGCUAUACCUUCCAUCUCGAAGCGACAGGAUCAGAGCGAGCACUCGACUGCGUCAAAGCCAUCAAACAGCACGGCAUGAGGGCGGCCAUGGCCAUCUCGCCCAACACGCCCUCGAGCGCGAUAGAAGACAGGGUAGGCAGAGAGCUGGACAUGAUUCUCGUCAUGACCGUCGAGCCCGGCAAAGGCGGUCAGAGCUUCAUGCAAAAUUGCGUGAGUAAAGUGGCAGAUUUAAGGGCGAGAUUUCCGAGUACGGACAUCGAAGUAGACGGCGGCGUAGGUCCAAAGACGGUCAAAGUGUGCGCAGACUCCGGCGCUAACGUGAUUGUGUCUGGCACGGCAUGCUUUGGCGCGCCAGUACCCUCAGAAGCGAUUGCUCAGAUGCGACAAGCGGUAGAGGACGGCAAGAAAAAUUGGCCCAAAGCGAAACAAUGA